AUGAUUGAUCUUUCCCCUUGGCGAACAAAACUGAACGAAAUUGAGAAGGAGGUGUCGAAAAACAACUUUACUGAAGUCGUUUUUGUGGCAGAUUUUCCUGGCCUGAAUCUUGAGAAUUUUGUAAAGGAAGAUUUGAAUGCGUCCAUCACUGUACUCGAAGGGACAGUUGUCGUCGAACAAGGGGGACAUAAUGUGACGUUAGAGAAGAAUGAGGUUCAUACGGUACAAAGUAAUGAUACCCAUAUUGUACACACAGUGUCCCAGGUACCCUCGUGUUGGAUGUACACAUACACCAAUAUUACCCUGGCUAAUAAUGUCACGUUGCAAGAUCUUGAACAGCAGCUUAGAAGUAAGUUGUCAUAGUGAUUUAUGUUCCCCUGUGAAAUCCCUCCGAGCAAAGUCUCCUAUGUUGCCCAGAAUCUACUAAACUCGGAUUUUACCGAUCUUUUGUGUGGCCCAAGUUCAAAGCAAUUCUUUUUACUCAAAUUUCACAUACUUUGUUUAUAAGUUUGUAGUUCAGACACAAACCACGGCAGCUUAUUGUAGAAUACUAUCUGCACUGGACUACCACGUUUGAGAUAUCUUUUUCAGGUAGUUUAGACACAAACCACGACAGUUUAUUGUAGAAUACUACUACCUACACUAGACCACCACGUUUGAGAUAUAUUUUUCAGGUAGUUCAGACACAAAUCACAACAGCUUAUUGUAGAAUACUACCUACACUGGACCACCACGUCUGAUAAAAUGAAAAAUGGGAACUACUAUAGUACAUUAAAUGUUAAAAAUAAUUUCGAAAUUAAUGAUUCGAAAUAUACAGUUUAAAUAGAUUGUGUAGAGUGCUCCUGCACACUUUUUUCAGAAUAACAUUAGUUAUAUAUACGAACUGGCAUUGCCCCCGCCGCCCAUUAGAAUGAAUACAGGCCGUACCGUUAUUGGUGUGACUUUAAAAUUAAAAUAAAUUGGAAUAGCUGUGUUUUAAUUGAUGAUUCGUCUUAUUACGUUUUCGUAGCGCUUUGCAUUGUGGUUAUAGUGGUAUCACUGAUAUUCAAGAUGGCUUAUUUUUUGUCCUGGCCCGUACAAGAACUUUUAAGCGAACAGCAAAAUAUUUGUGAAAACAUUCAAUAUUUUCAUUCGAGGCUGCUAUUUUGGUAAUCGUUCCAUGUUUCGCGCACCAAUAUAGUAAACGUUAUGUAACGGAUAUUAUAGUGUACUGAAAAGUUAACUGAAUACCUCCAUACACGUAUAUACACACCCUAACCCUGUCCCUAACCCCUAACCUAACCCCUAAUACCUAACCGCUAACCCUAACUUAUAUUGGUGCGCGAAACAUGGAACGAUAACCGCUAUUUUUAUCAGUGAUACCACUAACCACAAUGCAAAGCACUACGAAAACGUAAUAAGGGGAAUCAUCAAUUGUACAAUGUCAAUGAUGCAAAAUCUUAUUAAUUUAAAUUAGCAAAAUUUGUUAUAUUUUUAUUUCAAUCUUGAUAAUCGGGUGAUUCCCUGAGCCCUCUACACCCGUGAAUGGUUCUUAUUUAUGUAUUAAUGCAUUACAGAUCCCCACUAAAACAACAAAGAGCAAUAAUAACAGCCGAACGAUUUUCAAUACUGUACUAUAAAUAUUACUGUACCAUUACCGUAUAUCAAUUAAAGCAAUAAUGUUAAGCUCGAUCGGUGUAUGGAGCUCCGAUCAGCUCCGGCAAUGGUUAACAAAAAAUCACAAACUAAAACAACUAUGGUGUGAAGCUGCGUCUUUAGUCCCGCUAAAACUCUGUUUUAGUAAUAUCCUACAAGCUCGAAAAUAUUGCUCAAAUUAAAUGUUUAUAUGCACGUUUUCCGUAAAACCUACAAAUCAUGGUCAUGAACUCAGUCCAUGUUUUACAAAUUACGGACUCAUUCCAUAUUUUACAAAAUUAACUCAGUUCAUGUCAUACUUGAAAUCGCCGCCUGAGUGAGUCCAUGUUUUACAAAUCGCUGACUGAGUCCAUGUUUUGCAAGUCCAGUCCAGUCCAUGUUUCGCAACAUGUCAGGGAGCCCCGAUGUAUGAAACAGCUUUACUUACAAUGUUAGUACAAUGAUGUACGGUAUAUGUAUAACUGUAUAAGGACACUGAGUGAAUGAAUUGAAUUUGUUCAAAGAUUUUGGGCAACGCUCUUAAAUAAUCGACUCUAUAUACUUGAAUUUAAAGAUUAUAAUAGUGACUUUUAUUGAUCUUUUCUUGCGGCUAACCUAAUACAAUUCGAUUCGACACUAGAGCGACGUUCAAACGUCGAACUCAAUAUAUCGCUCCCAAAAGGACAUCAUCGUUUAAUUAACAAAACUAUGUAAAAUACAUGGAACUAAGGUUUAGGUUUGGCGCAUGAGAAGAGCGACGUUUGAUCCCGGCCGUGAAAUAGUUUGUUUGCUCUACUGCACUCAAAAUAUCAGCCGUAUAUUUCUAUGUACAAACUAACCAAACAUUGAACUUUUAAGUCUUAUCACAUGAAAUACGAAUUGUUCAGCACAGAGGAAAUUGCUGACUUUCGUUUUACCUGAAACGAAUAUGACUUUCUCUUCCGAAAUCAGUGCUCCCGCUUUGACUGUUAGUGUCACUGUAAAUAGUCUGGGGCCGCGGUUGUAUAAAAACGUAAUUAGCGCUAACUGCAGUUAAAAAGUAGUUAAAAAGCCUUAAAAAAUAGUUAACUUUAAUCACGUAGUUAAGCCGGUUGUAUAAAAGUGUAGUUAGCCUUAACUGCAGUUAAAAAGUAGUUAAAGUUAACUAUGCUCUAGGGUAUAGUUAACUGUCCAAAACGUAGUUAAAAAUGGCGUUUGUAUAGGAGUGAACAACAUUUUUCAGUAAAACAACAAUGAAAAGCAACGCUUACCUGAGAUUUUCAAUCGCUAUCUUCCCUGUGAAUGUUUCCUGACAAUAUAAACUCUUCAAACGCUAUCGCUUUGGUGUUUUUACGAAAACAGAACAUAUUUUUGCACAGGACGAUUUCUCGAAGACGAAGUAUGGUCCAUUACACCAAGAAACACUGAUAUAUGAUUGCCAAACAGCUAUACCUUGGUUUAACGUAGGCAUCUCAAGGAAAAACUGCAUUCUUUUAUGAUUUUUGUGGCGGUUUUUCCUUGUUUUCUUGUAUAUUUUUCACUGUUUUCUAGUGUUUUGAAUAAAAUUCCCGCCUAUUUGCAAAAUACGAGUCCACAAUCAUGUUGAAAAUGUGUGUCAGCGGUCGUUAUUCGCUGCUUACUUUAUGUAAUUUUGUGUUUAAACGCCCCACGCAAGCCCCACGCACAGUUAACUACGUGAUUAGUUAACUAUCCGACUAACUACGUUUUGUGCAACGCAGUUAAGUCAUGUAGUUAACUAAUUACAGUUAAGGAUUUAACUGCAGUGAUUAGCGCUAACUACAGUUAGCGCUAACUACGUUUUUAUACAACCGGCCCCAGGUGUUUGCCAGAGCAGGCUGAGCAACCAGACAUAUUGUACUCGUCAAAGAAAGAACGCUGGGGCUCAAUGGGUUAAUACCUAUGGUUAAUACAAACUAACUAUAUACAUACAUACACAUUGAGAUAUAUAUCAGAAACCUUUUUCUUACCUUAAGAAAAGCAGGAUACGACUGGAAACGCAUAAAAUAGUAUUAAAUAGUAGUGGAUGGAUCUUCGCCAAGGUGCGAUGGGUCGAGUGGUUUUCAAGUAUUUUGAUAUUUUACCCGUUUCAUAUUUCAUUUGCAUUAAUUUAAUCUGUCAAAAUAUGAAGAAAUUGAUUGGGUUUUUUUUACUGCACAACACUCGGGUAUAAAAUAGGUUAAAAUUUGUAAAAACUAUUGAAACUCAAUUUUGGGAUGGCUGUAAUUGGUAAUUGCUGUUGCGGUUCCCUCAAGAGCGUCAAUCCUUGGGGGACGGAGAGAUGCGCCCCGUCGCUUUUUAGACAUUCGUGAUAUAAUCUAUAAUAAAUUAUGUCCGUGGGCUGGCUUCUUCCUCCCACUUUUUGAAAUGGAUUUUCGCCCUUGGGUUCCCUGCAAUUUGACUCAGCAAUACAACACGGAGGCGAAUGCUGUAUACAACUUGUGAUUUCUUGAUGGAAACGUUCCUAUUCUUCAAUAUUCUUAAAUGAAAUAUUUUCCCGUUUGCAGACAUACGCAAUCGAUUCCCUGGCAGGGAGAAUGGUGAACAAAAUGUUGAGAUUUUAACUAGUGACGGCAUUUAAGAUGGUGUUGUAACGUCCGUAACGACUGCUGUCGUGGAUUUCCGAAUCAUGUUGUAGUUUUGAAUCAGUUUAAGUAGUUUCGUUCCAUGUUCCGAUAUAUCAGCAUGAGCGACAGUGUUACAUAUAAAAUACUUUUCAAACAUAAGCCGAAGACGACGGUGGUUUUACUAGGUAUGUUGUACCUAUAGCUUGUGAUUCGUCUUGAUGAAAAUGCCGCUUGUAUUUAAUAAUCUUAAAUGCAUUCAUGAAUAAUAUUUGGUGAGACCUUACCUAGACCUACCUACCAGGCUAUCUACUGCAUCUAUCUAUAUCUAUUUGCAUGCCUAACUACCUAACUACUCAUAACUACCCGGCACCUAUACCUACCCAUACCAAAUACCUACCUAUAUUUAUACUUAUAUACCUAUACCUACUUAUACCUAUACCUACGUAUACCUACAUAUACCUACCUAUACCUAUAUCUACCUACAUAUACCUACCUAUACCUACCUACACCUACUUACCUAUACUUACCUACCUACAUACAUACAUGCAUACCUAUAUCUAUAUACCUACCUAUCUACUUACAUUGAUAUCCUAAUGAUGAUAGGUAGUUCCAUAAGAAAGAAGAUGAUUAAAUUGAAGAAAACAUAAAGUGACUAUAAGUGUUGCAGUUGAUACUUCUCUUUUCACUAGGAACACCAUCGCUUAACAAG